ACAAUGCCUCACUGACACCGUAAACGGAGACCUGUCAAAUAACACAAACGCCAUCUUGAUAGAACGCUCAAAAUGGCAGAAAGCUGUGAGCGUGAAACAAAGUCCAAAGUGGGAUUCAUACUCUCUGCUAUUUAAAACCAGCCUCGGCAGCUUUUCCAGAAACUGGUGGUUAUGGGGUUGAUGUCCAGCGUGGCAGCACAGAGCCUGUAAAAUGGAUAUAACGACGGCGGUUUUUAACGCGGCCAGAGAUGGUAAGCUGAAACUUAUCCAGAAGUUGCUGAUCAACAAAACUCCUGAGGAGCUGGAGGCUCUAGCCGAAGAGAAAACUCAGGGAGGCACACCUCUGCUGAUAGCCUCUCGAUACGGACACUUGGAGGUUGUAGAUUACCUCCUUGAACACUGUAAAGCAAAUGUUGAACUCGGAGGAUCGGUUAACUUUGACGGCGAGACCAUUGAGGGGGCUCCGCCGCUGUGGGCGGCUUCGGCAGGCGGGCACCCUCCUCCUGUGGUGAAGACGCUACUGAAACACGGUGCCUCAGUCAACAACGCAACACUAACGAACUCUACGCCGCUCCGAGCUGCCUGCUUUGAUGGCCACCUGGAGAUUGUCCGCUACCUGGUGGAGCACAGAGCCGACAUGGAAGUCGCCAACCGCCACGGUCACACCUGCCUCAUGAUCUCCUGCUACAAGGGCCACAAGGAGAUAGCCAAGUUCCUGCUGGACCGGGGUGCAGAUGUCAACCGCAAGAGCGUGAAAGGAAACACUGCCCUCCACGACUGUGCUGAAUCGGGCAGUCUAGACAUCAUGAAAAUGCUGCUAAAGUGCAAUGCUCGCAUGGAGAGGGAUGGAUAUGGAAUGACCCCGCUCCUCGCUGCAAGUGUAACAGGUCACACCAACAUUGUGGAGUAUCUCGCUCACCAGCCUCGCACCUCAAGAGAAGAAUGCAUCGAUGCACUUGAACUCCUUGGGGCUACUUUUGUGGACAAAAAACGGGAUCUUUUGGGAGCCAUGAGAUACUGGAGAAGGGCCAUGGAGGUGAGGCAGCCAGGUGACAAAACUGGAUCCCUGGCCAAGCCUCCACCUGGUCCCCCUAUCCCUGCCUAUGGCUGUGCACAGGAGGUGAGCACUGCAGAGGAGCUGGAAGCUCUGAUCACAGACCCUGAUGAAAUGAGGAUGCAGGCUUUGUUGGUUCGAGAGCGCAUCCUGGGGCCAUCCCACCCGGACACCUCUUAUUAUAUCCGCUACAGGGGAGCUGUGUAUGCUGACUCAGGCAACUUUGAGCGUUGCAUUAGCCUGUGGAAAUAUGCUUUAGACAUGCAGCAGAGUAACCUAGACCCUCUCAGUCCCAUGACAGCUUCCAGUUUCCUGUCCUUUGCAGAGCUCUUUUCUUUUGUUCUUCAAGACCGGGCCAAAGGCACCCUGUCAACACGUAUCACCUUCCAUGAUCUGAUGACUGUGCUGGGGAAAAGUGUAAAGGAGGUAGAGAGAGCUGUGGUACAGAGUGACAGCCCUCCAGAAGCUCCUCAAUUCACCAAGGCCAUUUCCAUCAUCCUCCACCUCAUCUUUCUGCUGGAAAAGCUGGAGUGUAGCCCAGAGCAGGAGCAUCAGAAGAAGCACACAGUGUACCGUCUGCUAAAGCUGAACCCUCGAGGUCGGAGUGGCUUCACUCCUCUCCACAUGGCUGUAGACAAGGAAACCACGUCUGUGGGCCGCUACCCUGUGGGCCGCUUCCCCUCGCAGGCAGUGGCAGCACUGCUUCUAGAGUGUGGCGCAGAUGUUGACUCACGUGACUGUGAGAACAACACACCACUGCACAUUGCCGCUCACAACGACUGUCCAGAGAUUAUGGCUCUACUUAUAAAGGCUGGCGCUCACUUUGAUGCUACAAAUUCACAGAGGAAGACAGCCUAUGAGCUGUUGGAUGAGCAGAGCAGCGGACACCCGGCCAUCUGUCCCCUGAACUACAUCACCCUUCAGUGCCUGGCGGCGCGUGCAAUUGAAAAGCACAGACUACCCUACAGGGGGCUCAUCUCCGAGGAGAUAGAGGCUUUCAUUGAGCUGCACUAACUUCCACUACUCCCUGAUGAGGAGGCCCUGCACUACUCACCCUGUUGUCCUCACUUUUGCUUCACUCCUGGCCCUGUCAGGCUUGUGUCAGACCAAACCAUAGCAAUAAAACAUCCAGCCCUCUGCACUGAAAUUUCUGGUUGAGAUCUGGUCAGUCAUAGCUUAAUUCUAACAUGAAGUCACAUAGACUUUUAACGGGAUUGUUCAUGUCUACUGCUAUAUAAAGCUGAGUGAUACAUCAACAUGAUACAGGCUUUAAGUUCCACUUUGUUGUUCUCCCUAAAAAAGAGAGUUACAAUAUGAUGGUGCUUGUGUGUGGUGGUGGCUGCACUGUAUGAGAGAUGGGUUUUAGUUAGGGUUGCAUGAUAAAUCAUUUUGUGAGUGUGAUUUAGAUCCUCGUACAAUCUCAGUCUCACAUGACAAUAGUAAGGGGACGCCU